AAUUCUUACUUUUCAUGCGGAAAUGUUUAUUUUAGACUACUUUUGACUUUAGACAAAGAGGAUUUUCAACAAUGACUAAAAAAUCCAUAUUUUCAUCCCCUUUUCCCUUUGAUUUUAUUUCUUGAGAGGUAAAUGCUAUGGAUGGAGAUUACGAGUGCUUAGUUUUACACAAGCACCCGCAAUUAAUCGAUCAAUGUUGUGAUUUGAUAAACUCGGAGUGGCCCCGCAGUCACAUGGCGAGAAGAAGAAAUCUUGAAUGUUCUUGUGAUAACCUGCCUACGUGCCUGGUGCUAGUGCAAAGAAACAACGUUGUUCCUCGUGUUGUUGGCCACGGAAAAAUCUCCCGAAUUCCUUCAAUAGAGCACGGAGCCUUCAUAGAGUCUGUUGUGAUCGAUAAAAAUAUGAGAGGCAAAGGCUUGGGGAGAAUAUUAAUGCGCCACACUGAAAACUAUAUGAAAAGCAUUGGCUUGAAGGAAGCAUAUCUGUCGACCUACGAUCAGCAAGGAUUUUACAGCAGAUUAGGAUAUGAAUUCUGUGAACGAGUGUCUAUUUAUGGUUCUGCGAUAACAUUUCCUCCUCUCGUUAUUAAUCAGCAGGUGGCAAAAGAAGACAAUCAUAAAACAUUCAUGGGAAUCCAAAUUUCCCCAAUCAAUACAAAUGCACCGCCACCUCCUCCUUUGCCACCUUCUCUUCACAUUUCCAAAGUUCCUAAUUUUUCUUCAAAUAAUGUUCCUCACACAAACAUUGCCAAUGGGCAACCCAAGAAAGACUUCAUGAAAAAAACACUUACUUAAUUGACAGUUUUCCCUUUACCUGUCAAGCUUACAAUGAAACCACUAUUUGGUUUUACAAACCUUUUAUUG